AUGCCAAAGACUUCAUUCGACCAUGACGGCUUGCUCAGCCUGCUACAGGUUGAUCGACUGGGAGACACAAAGAUAUCGCCCUACACGGUCGUUGUUGCGAUUUGUGUUAGUUUCCUCUGGUAUCGACUGCUGCGAAACAAGUUCAAGAAUGGGCUUGCUGAUCUUCCCGGCCCCCCUCUCGCGUCAUGGACGAGGUUCUGGAUGCUGUGGGAUGUCAACAAGGGCGGCCAUAUGUACACUAUGCGGGAACUGCACAGAGUUCACGGGCCAAUCGUUCGAAUCGCCCCAAACAAUGUCUCAAUCGCCGACUCAGCUGCCAUCAAGUCAAUCUAUUCUCCGAGCGCCAAAUUUACCAAGUCUGAGUUUUAUGACGUGAUGAACUUCAGGAUGGACGGAAAAUUGAACGAGGGCAACAUAUUUGCAGUGCGGGACGAGGCAAAACACACCGAGGCUAAGCGCCAAUUCGCCUCACUUUACAGUCCGCGCAAACUCCUCACCUACGAGAAGAGGGUCGAUGAAACCUCUCACUUGUUCUUCACCCUCUUGAAUGAGAGAUUCGCGAAGGACGGUGUCAAAUUCAACCUAGGUGAAUGGCUUCAAUUCUAUGCCUUUGACGUGGUGGCACAGAUCACUUUCUCCGACCACCUUGGGUUCCUCAGGGAAGGUAAAGAUAUAGAUGGAGUCAUCCACUUCCUCUAUACCUUCAACAGAUACUCUUCAACAGUGGCCCAGUAUCCGAUCCUGCACUCACUACUCCUGGCGAAUCCAAUUGUCGAAUGGUUAAGCGAUCCAACGAGAAACAACCCAGUCAUAAACUUUGUCCAGAGCAUUCUGAAGGAGCGCAAUGAUAGCACAGAGACCAACCACGUUGAUAUGAUCCAGGACCUAAACGAAAUGCGUAAAAACAACCCAGAAAAGGUUCCCGCUCAUAGGGUGGUGGACAUGUGCGCGGGUAAUAUAUUGGCCGGAAGCGACACAACAGGAAUAGCACUUCGCGCUCUACUCCAUCUACUACUGACAAAUCCGCGGUGCUACAAGAAGCUAAGGGACGAAAUUGAUGAAAAGGAUAAAGAAGGUGCUCUGUCAUCUCCGAUUCAAAUGAACGAAGCAUCGGAUUUGCCAUUCCUGCAGGCAUGCCUAAAGGAAUCUAUGCGAAUGCACCCAUCAGUCGGUAUGAGUCUGGAACGCCUGGUGCCAAAAGGUGGAGCGACAAUCUGCGAUCGCUACUUCCCUGAAGGUACCGUAGUUGGUGUGAACCCUUUCGUUGUGGGCCGAGACACAACCGUGUACGGGGACGACGUUGACGUUUUCCGUCCCGAACGAUGGAUAGGAGUCACGCACGAGCAGAACAUCCUAAUGGAGAGGAACCUCCUAGCUUUCGGAGCUGGCAAGCGACUCUGUCUAGGGAAACACGUAUCAUUGUUGGAAAUGACGAAAUUAGUCCCUGAGCUCAUCCGACGUUUCGAUAUUCAGCUCGAAGGAAGCGAGAACCUUGAGAUACUCGACUAUUGGUUCUCUUUCCAGCGUGGCCUCACGUGUAGCAUUACCGCUCGAGCAAAAUCGGGAUGA